UUGAAAAUAUAAUUAUUUCAGAUUCAGGCGAAAUGUCCAGUUUUGGAGGGAUAUCCCUCUCUAGUCUUCUCCCUGCACCUACUCAGCAAUCCUGGGAUAGGGAUGAGGCGAGAGCAAAGCAGGAGGUGACAAGCACCAAUAUUGUCUCUGCAUCAAGAACAGCUCCGCCCUAUGGAAAACGGAAAGGAUGGAUUCCACGAACUGUCGACGAUUUUGGCGACGGCGGAGCAUUUCCGGAGAUUCAUGUCGCUCAAUAUCCAUUAAACAUGGGGCGGACGGAGGAGACUAAAUCAAACGCCCUGGCGGUUCAACUAGAUGCCUCUGGUAAAGUUAAAUAUGACGUGUUGGCCAGACAAGGAAACAGGAAAGAUAAAAUUAUAUUUUCUAAGUUCUCCGAUCUGCUCCCAUCCGAGGUUAGGGACGAAAACGACUCUGAGCUGCAGAAACCUGACGAGGAGGAGGUUUUUGACACAACGGAGAAAACAAGACAAGCCCUUGAGAAACUGACCUCGUCCAAGAUCACUGCCGCCUUGCCGGUCAGAGCUGCUGAGAAGCAGGAACCUGCUCAGUAUAUUAGAUACACACCCAGCCAGCAGGGAAUGGCAUUUAACUCCGGAGCUAAACAAAGGGUGAUCAGGAUGGUUGAGGUUCAGCAGGAUCCAAUCGAACCCCCAAAGUUUAAGAUCAACAAGAAGGUGCCUCGAGGCCCUCCUAGUCCUCCUGCUCCUGUCAUGCAUUCUCCUACAAGGAAGGUGACAGCUAAGGAGCAAGCUGACUGGAAAAUUCCUCCUUGUAUUUCUAACUGGAAGAACGCUAAAGGUUACACUAUUCCUCUAGAUAAACGUCUAGCAGCGGAUGGGCGAGGACUACAACAGGUUCAUAUCAAUGAAAACUUCUCUAAGCUCGCAGAGGCAUUGUAUAUUGCGGAUAGAAAGGCUAGAGAGGCGGUAGAGAUGAGAGCUACUUUGGAGAAGAAGUUGGCACAGAAGGAAAAAGAAGCCAAGGAAUCCAAGUUAAGAGAGUUGGCGCAGAAGGCAAGGGAGGAGAGAGCAGGUAUCAGGACUGCUACCAAGGAUGACGGGGAGAAGGAGAGAGACGAUCUGAGAUACGAGAGACACAAGGACAGGGCGAGACAGAGGAAUAUUGAGAGAGCUGCUCCAGACCGUAGAUCCAAGUUGAAUAGGGAACAGGAGAGGGAUAUCUCGGAACAGAUUGCUCUGGGUAUGCCGGCUAAAACUACCACGACCGGAGAAGGUAUGUUUGAUGCCAGACUCUUCAACCAGUCCCGAGGAAUGGAUUCAGGGUUCAACGACGAUGAAUCCUUUGCGGCGUAUGAUCAGCCGUGGCGGAAGGAAGGCAGUUUGGCGAAUAAUAUUUACCGUCCUGGAAAGAAUUUGGACAGUGAGAUGUACGGUGGAGCGGAGGAUCUAGAAGCUCUCAGAUCGUCAAAGCGGUUUGUUCCCGACAAAGAGUUCAGCGGCGCAGAUCGUGCAGUAUCCGGUAGAUCUGGUCCAGUGCAGUUCGAGAAGGAGGAGGCUGAUCCCUUCGGUCUUGAUGCUUUCUUGGAUACUGUUAAGACUGCAGAGAGGAAAAGACCUAACGAUGAUGAUCGACGCAAAGAUGAUCGGGAUCGUGAUAGAAAGAGAAGGAAGGACUAUGAUUAACUGUUCUAUGGAUCCCUGCAAUUAAUAAUGGAUCUAUUUCUGCGGGUUUACAAUGGAUUUACAACAGUUAACAUUUACACAUCUUGGUCUAGAGCUUUUAAUUCGUGAAAGCGUGAAACUUAACAUUAUUUGGAUAAUAUUUGAUUAAGAAGUUAUCUCUUUAAGCUCCUCUUUUUUGUUAAUAGUUCAUUUUUUAAACUAUCUCCUGACCAAGCCACCUCUACUGUAUGUUUUCAGA